CCGAACCGGAACACGAUGGUGCCUUCUUGACGGAAAAGCCGUGGACGCUUGUUGCCGAAGGCCGCUAUAAUCUGGUUCCCUUCAUGGCUGGUAAUACUGACCUCGAGCGAGUUGGACACACACAGAAGGGUGGUAUAUUAUCCACUGAAAAACAAAUAAACAACCUGAAUGAGAACUUUGACGAGAUUGUGGGAUGUGAUCUACGACUUCCGACGAGGGAAGAACGGCUGAAAGGUGCCGCGUCCGUCAAAGAUUUCUACUACAACGGCAGCGACAUCACACUGAAGGACAACUACACCACCGCUCUUUUCGAUUCGCAUCAAUUUUUUGUGGAAGGAGUUGACGCUGUUGUUAGGAGCAUGGCUCGCUAUUCUUCGAAGCCUGUGUACACCUACCAAUUCUCGUUCGUUGGUCCCCUCAGCGCAUACCCUGGUGGCCCAGGUGCAGCUCAUACCGAUGACUUGAAAUACAUGCAUGCAGCAGACACUCUGGAUUCUGAUUCGGAUGGAGGUAUAAUCAGGGAUCAGAUGAUAAAGAUGUGGACAAACUUCGCUAAAUAUGACAAUCCAACGCCGGAACUGACUUCCCCACUGACUGAAAUGUGGAAGGAGUACGACAAAUCUUCUCCUUACUAUCUGGAAAUAACGAGACCUCUUCACCUCAAAACUAACUUGUCCGAACCAUACAUGACCUUUUGGCACAACCUGCUACCGUAAUGACAUUUCAUGUCUCACUAAUAAGCACAGUAAAACAAUUUCGUACCAGAUGCC